AUGACGAUGAACUCCCCCGAGUCCCUUGCCAUUCUCUUCCAAUUAGCCACAGCUUCCCAGCCCAUCGAUGAGGGUGUAGCUGUUGCUGAAUUCAUGCGGGAGGUUGGCCUGAAAUGUAUUAGCUUCAAUGGCAUCCCUCGCACCAUCAACUGUCUCAACACCUUCAAGGCCAGCCUUCCGGAUUCAGUCACUGCGAAACUGUCGCGGUCUCCUACCCGAGCCCCAACGCCGGAGAAUAUAAAUGAGAUCGCCCACCGCGGCCGCGCUUUGUGGGACUCAAUUUAUCGCCCAUUUGAGUCAAAGCUAUAUAGCAAAUUAGCCGAUUCCCACCCUGACCUACCCAUCCAUAUCAUGAACAGUCAUUAUGGAGCUCUCUUGUCAGAUCCGGCUAAUCGAAGUACUGGUGCAAAUGCCGGUAGAAUUUCAACUUCAAUAGUCGCCGUUGCAUGCCUGCGUGCUCAAACAGGCGUUGGCCCGCAAGUGACAUCACACGUAUUUGGGCUGCGCAAAGCGCUCGAGGAUGGGACCUGGGUGGGCGACGUCGAAAGCGAGGAGGGGGCUAAAUGGCUUGCAAGUGACGAAGGCAAUACUUGGAUAUUGAAGAGCGUGGAUGAUAUCGUAGAGUCGAUCAGUGAAGGGACAGGGUCCAAUUUCGCCCCGUCUAGGGGCUCCAAACUCUAA